CCCCUAACACCAAAACCAAAACUGCAGCCAUUCUUUCGGUCUACCCUAACAACCACAGCCAAGAGAGAAUCAAAGGUUAGGGAUGGCAUUGCUGGAUGAGGACGAUUUUCCCAGCCCCUGGCCCAGUUUCCGCAUUGAGAGUACGCUGAGAAGAGCAAAAGAGAUGGAGGAAGAGAAAAGAGUGGGUGCUGCUGCUGCUGCGACUGCACGUUUGAUUGAUGCCAUCAACAAUGACAGAAUGAGAGCUUUGGAAACCGCAGGCCCUCCUAACAAGAAAGUCAAGCGCAGUGAGGCAAAGGAGGAGGAGGAGGAGGAUGAGGAGGACAAGGCCCCUAUUUAUCCUCCUCACAUGAAGAGGAAGCCCAUUGUGAUCGAGCAAAACAAGUCCCUCCCCGGCGGCGUUGAAUCCUUCUUGUGUUCCAGAAAAAACAAGAAGACGAAGGAGAAGAGGGACUUCCUGGUGCGCUUCAGUGGGGAACGUGUCCCUGUCACGAGUCUACGUGGUAAGCACCUCGUCAUCUGCGCUUUCUUGCUGCCUUUGCCCAAUAUCAGUGAUGACGACGAUGCUCGAGUUUGUCGCGCCAUGAUAGAUUCUUACCCCAAGUUGUGCGAGCUACAUGAUUUUGAGAUGAUCAUGGUUGCCCGGAUGAGAGACCAGGCCGAUUUCUCAAGCAAAGAGGACGAAGAGGCUGCCUUCAAUCGUUUCUUCUCUGCCUUCCCUUGCCUUGCCGUCCCUUUCUCCGACUCCCGUUCUCGUGACUUCAUUUGCAGUUCUCUCGGCUUGACCAGACCGGAUAGCUUUAUGGACGUUCUUAUUGUGGAUGAUAAAGAGGUGGUGGUGAGGCAAAGCGGCAUGGCUGACCCGUUUUUCCUCUGGUAUGGAUCUCGUUACUUUCCCUUCACACAGUCCAGGGUUGAAGCCCUUUCAGUUGAACGGGAGGGAAUGAAGAUCAGGAUGGACCCUAUUCACAUGGAAUUUUCCACCCCUAAGGAUCAAAUUGACCAAGUGAAGGCCUCCCGCACACCCCUUUCGCUUGUUGACCUCUUAGGCUGCCAUCCCUCUGACCUGCUCUGGAAGUGUACUGCUGACUGGGAGGAUAAAAAAAUGUGUUUUGUUGGCGAUGGCAACGGGAACCAGCUUGUCCUUAAAAGGUGUAGUGCUAACAGCAACAAGAAGGUUCUCCAGAAAUGUAGUGGUAGCCGCAACGACCAGCACGUUCUUCGGCCUUGCAGCCAUACUACUACUGGGCGGGAUGACAAUGACAAUGCCAAGGUGGCGGUAUCCGUAUCGGAAUUGAGUUGUAAGAGGUUGGUGGGAGUGUACCUCUGCAUUGAUGGUUCGUUCAUGGCCGAACUUUUCAAGGUCCACCAACAAUGUGUGGCUCAAGGUUUGGAGUUGGAGGUAGUGCUGGUAUUUCUACCCUUUUUUGGGGACUUCACCUCCUUUGUCCACAAUGCCAAGCUUGGCAUGAAUGCGCUCAAGAUAUCAUCUUGGUGGGUCGCUUCUUACAACGACGAAAUAAGCCGGAGGCUAUGGGGAAUGUGUGACUAUGAGUGGUCUGACAAGUUGUUAGUUUUGGAUGGGGCUACCAAAGCUGGGGAACUCAAUGGAAGAGGUCUCAUGAAUAAUUUAGGGGUGGAGGGAUAUCCCUUCACGAGUUAUAAUCUUGUUGAGAAAUUGUUGUCCCGUCUGAGGUCUACCACCAUAGAGUCGCUGUUUGAUGUGUCCACCGAGGGUGUUCACAAUAUUGUCCUCCGCGACCAAGGGCCUCCAUUUGCGUUGCAUGUGUCUGAGCUCAAGGGCAAGAAGGUCCUUCUUUACUUUGACUAUUAUUCCAACAUGGAAGGAGGAUAUGUGCUUAAGAAGUUGGAAGGGUGCUACGACAGAAUGAAGCAGGUUUAUCCUAAUUCAAAAGUGUUGUUUGUUCCCCUUAAAGAGUUUGCCAAGAGUGCCCCCAAGAUGCCAUGGCUGACUUUGCACCAUUCUGCAGCUGACUCAGUAAUCAAGAAGAUUUGGUGGUAUAGAUGGGUGGAGCCUAACAUCCUUGCAUUCGGGAAGGAUGGUCGACUUUGCUGUUGGAAUGCUCAGUAUCACCUAGAUAAUGGUGCGGUCAGUGAUUCAUUGUUUGCUGACGAUUUGCGUGAAGAGGUUCUUUCUAGAGUAAGCGAGUUAUUAUCUGAGGACUGAUUGAUUUAUUGAUGAUUUGCGUGAAGCGGUUGUUUUUGUUUUGAUUCUGGUGCUGCUGCUGCUGCUGUUUAUGUCAUUCAGUGCGAGUAAGUAGUUUUAUUGAGGGUGAUAUCCUCUUCAGUAUUUAUGUAUUAUAUUAUUGGAACGUAACAAACUAAAGUGGUAUGACUUUCGGUAUCCUUAUUAGCUUGUUUAAUUAUCUCAGUGUUCUGUUUGGCUUGUGCCGAUAUUUAAACUUAACUUUCAUUGCAAGUGAAGUUCAAUAGCCCCGGGGUUACAUUAUAAGCACACGUAGUUCAUGGAGAGAAUGAAGCUCUAAGCCAAAC